AUGGGAUUGACAAUGGCUCAGCAACGCCAGGCCCCGAGCCAAUACAAGGAAGAGUCUGGUGACUCGCAGCAGCAGCAACAUUCCCAGCAUCAACAGCACGGUCCAGCGCCUCCUCAUCUACAGCAUCCUCGACCCUCGAGCAUUGCUCAUCAGCAGCACCAUCCUCAGGCUCCCGCGUCACAGCAGCAGCAACAUUCCGCCUACUCGUCUACCCACCAAGUCUAUCAGCCGCAAUCCCAGGCGACGAGUGCACAGCACGCGCAGGACUUGAAUUACUAUCACCCGAGUUCCUACAGCACGCCGGGCGCGACAAGCGGCUACACGUCCGCAGACACGUCAGAUAUGAUGGCUGCAGCAAUACCAAGACCGUACCCCCCGAUGUCAUACCACACACCGCAGUCGAACUCGCCUGCAUCAGUGGCAUCACCUUCCGGCCAUGACCAGCAAAGAAGCAUGUAUGGGCAGCCGACAUCGCAGAUGCAUCAACAGUCCAUGUACUACGGCGCGCCUCAGCAGCAGUACUCGUCGAUCCCCCAGCAGGCAGCACCGUCUCCAUAUGCGCAGCAUCCGCAACAAUCCCACCAACCCAUGACUUCACAGCCUAGCAUGAUGAUAUCGCACGCAAACCCGCAGCAUCAGAUGACCCAACAUGCAAGUCAGCAUGCACAGGCGGGAAUGACGGCCAGUCCUAGGCACCCCAAGAUCGAGUCGCACAGCAUGCCCCCCCAACUGCAAAGAUCUGCACCGCCCGGCCCCCUCGGAACGCCUCAGACCGCACAGAACGGAGCGGCGCUUUCAACUCCAACCGGGUCGGCGUCAGGGGCGAACCCCAACGCGGCUCCCGGACCCAUUCCUGCCACGACACCCUUGGUGGUGCGACAAGACCAGAACGGAGUUCAAUGGAUUGCUUUCGAGUAUUCGCGCGACCGGGUGAAGAUGGAGUACACCAUCCGCUGCGAUGUCGAGUCGGUGAACACGGACGAGCUCUCGGCCGAAUUCAAGACGGAGAACUGCGUGUAUCCUCGGGCCUGCUGUCCUAAGGAUCAGUACAGGGGAAAUCGGUUGCAAUAUGAGACGGAGUGCAAUACGGUUGGGUGGGCCCUGGCCCAGCUGAACCCCCCGCUCCGAGGGAAGCGAGGGUUGAUCCAGCGAGCCGUCGACAGUUGGCGGAACAGCAAUCAAGACCCACGCCUUCGAAGUCGACGCGUCCGCCGGAUGGCCAAGAUGAACAAUCGCAAGGCGGUUCAGACCUCGCACCCUGGCCACAUGGCCGGUCCCAGUGGUCCGGCAGGGAUACCUGCUCCAGGAGCCAUGGGCCCCGGUGGCGCGGGAAGCAUCGGGAAGCCUGGGAUGGGCAGCAUGGGUCAGAUGCACCACCACCACGCACACGCCGACGGGAACGCCCAGGGAGGAGGAGAAGAAGUCGGCGACGAGUAUAUGGACGACUCGGACCAUCACCGCCCCACCCCUUCCCACGCCGGUUCCGAGGAACGGCCUGCCCAGGUGUUCACCGGAUACGGCCAGUACCCUGGGACGGUCCCCCAUGGCUCAUCCGCCAUGCCCUCCAUCCACGACACCCUGAGUGGCUCGCCGCAGCAAGCAGGCAGAGCCAUUGGCGCCCGUCGGACCAACAGCGCGAGGGAAAGCUCGCGUGCCGAUGAGCCCGACGACCUGUUCCCCGACAUUCCCGAGGCCAAGAAGCGCAAGUUUAUCCUCGUCGAGGACCUCGACCGACAGUCACGGUUGCGCGUUAGGGUCACGCUCGAAGGCGUCGACACGCGGGAAAUCCCAGACAGCUUCCGUAAGGGAAGUUCCGUAUAUCCGAGGAGCUACUUCGCUAGGGAGAUGCAGUCUCCGCCGCCCAGCGCCACGGGCAGCAAAUUCUUCCCAAACGACCUUGACGAUGCCGAGGACGACGGAAACACCGAGACCGAGGGACGCGGUACCGGACGCGGUAGUAGCCGUAGCACCGGAACAAUGACUGUCAAGGUUCCCAUCGGCGAGAACCAGCAUUCUCAGGUAGCCAUCCCGAGGAUGCGGAAGGCGACCCGUGGGAAGGAGGUGCGGCUCAAUGAUCUCGGCUAUCGCAUGGCCUGGUUGCAGAGCCGGGUCUUUGCUGGCCGGACCGUGUUCCUGCAGCGCGCAUUGGACUGCUACCGAAACAAGACCCGCACAGCAGCUGAGACCUUCAUGCAGGAUGUGGCCCCCCACUUCGAGACUCGCAUUGGCAAACGCAAGUGGAACGAACGGAUGCGCCGCGGAGAGAGGAAUGAGGAAGAAUGA